AUGGAAGAAGUCUGUGACAACUGCAGUCUAUACAUAGACGAGAAUGCAACUCUAUGGAACAGCACCCAAAACGUCACCAUCAACAAGUUUUAUUUCUAUCAGACAGCGCAACUUGCAGUUCUAUGGGUACUUUUGGUGGCAAUCGUCGCUGGCAACGCGACAGUUAUCCUUGCUCUUCUCCUCACAAAGACCAGGAAAAGUCGGAUGAACUUCUUUAUCAUGAAUUUGGCUAUAGCUGAUCUAUGGGUGGGCCUUAUCAGUGUUUUGCCCGAUUUAAUACAACGGGUAACAAUUUCGUGGUUCGGUGGCUCCAUAGCGUGUAAAUUAAUGAAAUACUUACAGGGUGUAGUAACGUAUUCAUCAACGUAUGUACUGGUCGCGCUAAGCGUUGACCGAUGUGAUGCUAUCACGCAUCCCAUGAACUUCACAGGAAGUUGGCGUCGUGCGAGAGCCUUGAUUUGCGGCGCUUGGCUUCUUAGUUUUUUAUUUUGUAUACCAAUGCUUAUACUGUUCGACGAAGCUGAUAUACAAGGCACGCUACAAUGUUGGUCCGGCAUCAACCAAACACAAUGGCGGAUAUGGAUGACUAGUGUCUUCAUGUCACUGUUUGUUGCGCCGGCGCUUAUAAUAUCGGCAUGUUACGGCGUUAUCGUCGUUACGAUACGACAAAAAAGCCGUCGUGUGCUUGGUAAAAGAACUGCUACACGCCAAUAUAGUGAUGAUCUGGACAGCAGACGUGCGAGCAGUCGUGGUAUCAUUCCAAAAGCCAAGAUAAAAACCGUUAAAAUGACCUUCGUUAUAGUUUUCGUAUUCGUACUAUGCUGGUCACCGUACAUGAUUUUCGACCUGUUGCAAGUGUACGGAUACGUCCCAGAUACACAAGGGAAUAUCGCAAUCGCUUCGUUAAUCCAGAGCCUAGCACCACUCAAUUCAGCUGCGAACCCUGUCAUCUAUUUCAUAUUUUCUAAUCGGAUAUUUCUUAGUCUAAGAAACAUUCCACCUUACAAGUGGGUGUGGUGUUUGAUGGCUCGCGGAGAUAGCCCGGCUGGAAAUGAGUCGCGUGCGCACACCGAGUUGCUGACGUCAUCCCACCGGCGCACAAGACACGAUCUUACUAUACGGGUAAAGGACGACAGCAUUAAAUAUCCAAACCAGCGUCUCCAGUCCAGCAAUUCCCGCAAAGUUAGGCUUAACUUGCCCGAUCAAAUACAAAUUAACAACAACUGUCAUCAGACAUUACGCCGACGGGACGACACCUUUCUCUAA